AUGAAGCUCUCGUCCUCUUGGGCCAUUGCCUGUCUGGCGGCCCAGGCCGCUGGUGCGGCCAUUAGCCAUUCGGUGAAUGGUUUUACUAUCACCGAGCACCCGGAUCCUGUUAAGCGCGACUUGCUCCAAAAAUAUGUCACUUGGGAUGACAAGUCUCUUUUUGUCAAUGGCGAGAGAAUCAUGCUUUUUAGUGGUGAAAUUCACCCAUAUCGUCUGCCUGUUCCAUCUUUGUGGAUUGAUGUGUUCCAGAAAAUCAAGGCUCUUGGAUUCAACUGCGUUUCUUUCUAUACCGAUUGGGCCCUGUUGGAAGGUAAGCCGGGUGAGUAUACUGCCGAGGGAAUCUUCGCUCUGGAGCCAUUCUUCGACGCCGCCAAAGAGGCCGGCAUCUAUCUUCUGGCGCGACCUGGUCCCUACGUCAAUGCUGAAGCAUCGGGUGGUGGUUUCCCGGGAUGGCUUCAGCGCGUGAAUGGGACCCUGCGAAGUAGCGAUGAAGAGUUCCUAAAGGCAACAGACAAUUACAUGGCCAAUGUUGCCGCAACCAUGGCCAAGGGUCAAAUCACCAACGGAGGCCCUAUCAUUCUUUUCCAACCUGAGAAUGAGUACAGUGGCGCGUGCUGCGGAUACGAAGAUUUCCCUGAUGGCGCUUUUAUGCAGUACGUGCAGGACCAGGCUCACAAGGCUGGAAUUGUCGUGCCUAUUAUCAGCAAUGAUGCCUAUGCUGGUGGUCACAAUGCCCCUGGAACUGGCGAGGGGGCUGUGGAUAUCUACGGACAUGACAAUUACCCUCUUGGAUUUGACUGCGCGAACCCUUCGACCUGGCCAGAGGGUAAACUGCCCACUGAUUUCUAUACCACACACAUGAAACAGAGUCCUUCUACUCCAUACUCUCUGAUUGAGUUCCAAGCUGGUGCCUUCGAUCCUUGGGGAGGUGUCGGGUUCACGAAGUGUGCUGCCCUUCUGAACCAUGAGUUCGAGAGAGUGUUCUAUAAGAACAACCUCAGCUUCCGAGUUGCGAUCCUCAACCUAUACAUGACCUUUGGUGGUACCAAUUGGGGCAACCUGGGCCACCCCGGUGGAUACACAUCCUAUGAUUACGGUUCCCCGAUUACUGAAUCUCGCAACGUCACCCGCGAGAAGUACAGCGAGCUGAAGCUAAUUGCCAACUUUGCUAGAGUGUCGCCGGCGUACCUUGUCUCGACACCAGGAGCCUUGACCACUUCCAAGUACACCACCUCGUCUGAUCUAGCCGUGACUCCCCUGCUCGGAGGCAACAAAACGGCUUCUUCCUUCUUCGUCGUCCGACACUCCGACUACUCGAGCCAAGAGGCCGUUGACUACAAACUCAAGCUUCCCACUAGCGCCGGUACAGUGACUAUUCCCCAGCUUGGUGGAAGCCUUACUCUCAGCGGCCGUGACUCCAAGAUUCAUGUCGUUGACUAUGAUGUGGCGGGCACCAACAUCCUCUAUUCCUCUGCUGAGGUGUUUACCUGGACGAAGUCUGGUAAAUCCAAGAUUCUUGUGCUGUACGGCGGCCCUGGUGAGCACCACGAGUUGGCUGUAUCUUCCAAGUCGAAAGCCUCGGUCAUUGAAGGAUCAUCAUCGAGCAUCACCACUAAGCAGGUGGGCAAGGCGGUUGUGAUUGGGUGGGACGUCGACACUACUCGCCGUAUCGUGCAAGUGGGUGAUCUGAAGAUCGUUCUUCUGGAUCGGAACUCUGCCUACAACUACUGGGUCCCUCAGGUCCCAACCAAGGGAACAAGCCCUGGGUAUAGCUCCCAAAAGGCUGCCACCUCAUCCAUCAUCGUCAAGGCCGGCUACCUCGUGCGGACUGCUUUUGUGCAGGGCGACGACCUCCAUCUCACUGCUGAUUUCAACGCCACCACCCCGAUUGAGGUGAUUGGCGCCCCACCUAAGGCCAAGAACCUCGUCGUCAACGGCAAGAAAGCGCAAGUCAAGGUCGACAAGAAUGGCAUCUGGUCUAGCAGCGUCGCUUACAAAGCGCCGAAGGUCGAGCUGCCGACUCUGAAGAGUCUGAAGUGGAAGUCUAUUGAUACUCUUCCCGAGGUCCAAACCUCGUACGAUGAUUCCGCAUGGGUUUCCGCAGACCAAGCCACCAAAAAUAGCAUCUUUAAACUCAAGACUCCAACCUCGCUAUUCGCCUCUGACUACGGCUUCCACACCGGAACCCUUCUCUUCCGUGGCCACUUCGUCGCAACGGGCGACGAGAAGACUUUCUUUGCGCAAACACAAGGAGGCAGCGCAUUUGGCAGCUCCGUCUGGCUGAACGAGAACCAUAUCGGAUCAUGGGGUGGAAUUGACACCGACGACGACCACAACGGAACCUACACACUACCAACCCUGAAGAAGGACGAGCCGUACGUGCUCACCGUGGUCAUAGACAACAUGGGUCUAAAUGAAAACUGGGUCAUCGGCGAAGACCAGAUGAAGAACCCCCCGCGUGACAUUACCUGGAAGCUGACCGGCAACCUGGGCGGCGAGGAUUACCUGGACAAAGUGCGCGGCCCGCUCAAUGAAGGUGGUCUCUAUGCCGAGCGCCAGGGCUUCCACCAGCCCCAGCCGCCGACCCAGAGCUGGAAAUCCGACAGUCCCUUCGACGGCCUGUCGGCGCCUGGAAUCAAGUUCUACAGUGCAAGCUUCGAUCUGAACAUCGAGGAGGGCUGGGAUGUUCCUCUGUACUUUAACUUCGGGAACUCCACCUCGUCGCCAGCGGCUUACCGUGUCCAGCUCUAUGUCAACGGGUAUCAGUACGGCAAGUAUGUGAACAAUAUUGGUCCCCAGACGAGCUUCCCUGUUCCCGAGGGUAUUCUCAACUACCGGGGUACCAACUAUUUGGGGUUGAGUCUGUGGGUGCUUGAGUCGGAUGGGGCCAAGUUGGAGAGUUUCGACUUGAUUCAUACUACUCCUGUGCUGACGGCGCUGAAGGUUGAAUCUGUGGACCAGCCUAAGUAUGAGAAGCUCACCCAUUCGCUCGAAUCGAAAUACCCAAACCCUCUCACAAUCAUCUCGACACCAUGUCGUCCCACCCCUCUCGAAGCCCUCGACCUAGAUCCAACCAAACCCAACCUCGACACAAGAGACCUAAACCCAAACCUCCUGCACACAGACACCUCCCUCCAAAAACGCUACACAACAAUCUCAAUCCCCUCAACCUACGGGCGUCUCAACACAAGCCCCGCCGCAGGCACAGUAGUGGGGAUCGUACUGGGCAGCGUCGCAGGCUUCGUACUGCUAAUGUACGUACUCUUCCUGGCGGUGAACCCAGGGGGCGUUGCACGAGGCGGCGUGGCAGCCCCAACCUCAUCAUCGAUAUCGAUGUCGAUGUCCAUGGACGAAGAAGAAAUCGUGGAUGUGCGCAGUCGACGCGACCCAGCCGCUGCGCGACGGCGACGCGACGUCAUCGAGGUCGCCGAGGAAAGGGAUAGUUUCCGUGAUAGUUAUCGGCGUCGUCCAUCGUCGAGACAUGAUCGCGUCAUUGUAGAGGAGUCUUUGGCCACUUCUACUACUGGCGAUGAGGAUGUUAUUGAGGUUGAGGAGGAGGAGUCUAGUGUGCCUUCUGAUGUUUCGCCGCGUCCGCCAAGGAGGUCGAGGAGGGGUGGGGUUAGGCAUGUUGAUCCCCUUGCUUAUGGUGGGGGUAGUGACUAUAGUAGUCAGCGGUGA